GGCACAUUGCAAACCCCAACUCAUCAAUUCUCAAAGCGGUAUAAAUUGUCGGCUUCCUUAUCUUACCGUGAAUCUUUUCCUUAUCCAACGGCUAAAAUUCACGAUCCGCGUACUCUCUUCUCAUUGGUCCAUUUAUCAAUCCCUUAGUAUUAUAUAAGCACCAGCUCAGAAAACACUCGCUUACACACCGCAAUUUCUUUCAGUGCACACUCCUUUCAUCAAAUUCGUUCAUUUCUUGUAUUGUACAGUGAUAGCGUGAUGGCUGGUAGAGGAAAAACCCUAGGUUCUGGAGCCGCAAAGAAAGCUCAAUCUCGUAGUAGCAAGGCUGGCCUCCAAUUUCCUGUUGGUCGUAUAGCUCGUUUUCUCAAAGCCGGCAAGUAUGCUGAGCGUGUAGGUGCUGGAGCCCCUGUUUACCUUGCUGCUGUUCUCGAAUACCUUGCUGCUGAGGUGCUUGAAUUGGCUGGAAAUGCAGCAAGAGAUAACAAGAAGACUAGGAUAGUUCCAAGGCACAUUCAGUUGGCUGUGAGGAACGAUGAAGAACUGAGCAAGCUGCUUGGAGAUGUGACAAUUGCAAAUGGUGGUGUUAUGCCCAACAUCCAUAACCUUUUGCUUCCUAAGAAAGCUGGCUCAUCAAAGCCUUCUGCUGAUGAGGAUUAGAUGGAAGGAUAAGAGAAGGUUUCUUCAAAUGUUGAAUUAUUAACUUUAGGUUUUGAGUAGCUGGUGUUUGUUUGUCCUUUCGGAGUCCUUAGAGGAGAUUAGGGUGAAAUCAAUUAUGUUCUUUGGAUUUAGUAAGAGCUUUUAGGGUUUAUGGUGGUCUGUAUAUACAAAAGAAGGGAUGAAUGAAAGGUCACAUUAUGUUUUUCGAAUUGUUGCUCUUGGUUUCUAUUUUUGUGUUUGUAAAAUCUACAUCUAUGAAUAUUGAAUUGGUGAAAUCCAGCAUGUUAUGGUUGUGAGAUA